AUGGACAACUCGAGACUUUUCAAGCCCAUCUUCGUUGGUGACAUGAAGCUCACCCACCGGAUCGGACUGUGCCCUUUAACGAGAAAUCGGUCUUCCGACGAGCAUGUGCCGCUCGACCUGGUGACAGAGUACUAUAGACAACGCAGCUCUGUUCCUGGCACUUUACUCAUUUCCGAAGGCACCUUCAUCUCAGCUGAAGAUGGCGGCAUGAACAAUGUUCCUGGAAUAUACAAUCAGGCGCAGAUUGAGGCGUGGAAGAAAGUCACGGACGCCGUCCACGCCAACGGGAGUUACAUCUUCUGCCAGCUGUGGGCCCUGGGACGUGCUGCUACCAUCGAGGUGGCGGAGCGUGAAGGCUUUCCUAUUGCAAGCUCUAGCGCCAUCCCAAUUGACUUGGACUCACCUGUACCCCAGGAGCUGACUGCCGAUGACAUCAAACGCAAAGUCCAAAACUAUGCCUCCGCCGCGAAGAAAGCUAUCGAGGCUGGCUUUGACGGAGUCGAGCUGCACGCCGCCAAUGGCUACCUCAUUGACCAGUUUAUCCAAGAUACAUGCAACCAGCGGGGCGACCAAUACGGAGGAUCCGUCGAGAAUUGUACUCGCUUCGCCGUCGAGGUCGCCCAGGCUGUAGUGGAUGCCGUCGGGUGCAGGAAGGUUGGCAUUCGCUUCAGCCCUUGGAGCCACUUCCAAGGCAUGAGAAUGGAUGAUCCCAUUCCGCAAUUCUCGGCCGUAAUUCGAAACAUGGCCAAGCUGAACCUUGUCUACCUCCAUCUGGUUGAGUCAAGAAUCGCAGGCGGCUCUGAUGUGGAGGCAGCAGACCAGCUGAAUUUCGCAUACGACCUGUGGAACAGCACGAUCUUGGUGGCUGGAGGCUUCAAACCUGACACUGCACAAAGCUUGGUCGACAAGGAAUAUCCCGAGAAGGACAUCGUCGUGAUGUUUGGACGCUACUUCCUUGCGACACCAGAUCUUCCAUUCCGUGUACGCAACGGCAUCGAGCUCAACGAAUACAACCGUGCCACCUUUUACACUCCAAAGGCUCCUACUGGCUACAUUGAUUACCCUUUCAGCGACGAGUUCCUUGCAGCUUCAUAG